UUGUUUUUUAGGCCACCGACGUUCCUUUGUGCACACGCGAAGCGGAUCGGCCACCGACGGCCUCACAACUGAAAACACUUUUAAAAACGUCCGAGUCCCUUCUGUUUCGGUCGCAGCUCGAAAACCCUUAGCAGGAUCCGGCGAUGAUGUCCUCCGCCGCCGCCACUCCGUCGACUCUCCCCAUCUCGAACCCAACUCCUUCCACCGCCGCCCCUACCGCCCCGGUCGCUACCCCGGCCUUCCGUCUCUUCCUCUCCCGCCUCUCCGAUUCCGUCCAACGCUCGCUUUCCAACCGACGCCCGUGGUCGGAACUUGUCGACCGAUCCGCCUUCUCCCGCCCGGAAUCCCUCUCCGACGCCGCCUCCCGCCUCCGCAAAAACCUCUCCUACUUCCGCGUCAAUUACGCGGCCAUCAUCGCCGCCGUUCUUGCCAUCUCCCUCAUCACUAAUCCGUUCUCCCUCGCCGUCCUACUCGCCCUACUCGCUGCCUGGUGCCUUCUCUACCUCUUCCGCCCGUCAGAUUCGCCACUGGUAAUCUUCGACCGCACCUUCUCUGAUCGCGAGACCCUCGCCAGCCUCGUCCUCGCCACCGUGUUUGUCCUCUUCCUUACCUCGGUCGGAUCUCUUCUGAUCUCGGCUCUAGUUGCCGGUUCUGCCAUCGUCGGAGUCCAUGGGGCUUUCCACGUCCCGGAUGAUCUGUUCCUCGAUGAGCGGGAGGCGGGCGCCUCUAGCGGGCUCCUAUCCUUUCUUGGUGGAACUGCUCCAUCCUUCGCCUCGGCGGCUCCUGCCGUCAUAGCGACUGCCCGAGUCUGAUAAAGCGAUACACUGCUCAGUGAGGCCCUCAUGAUCUUUCCAUUUCGUACUUUUGUUGGCAGGAUAAGAAGUAUAGAAGAAUCGUCGAAUUUUGUAAGGUAUCUGUGAGGUUUCCCCUUUGUUCUUGUUUUCUUUCUAAUGAAUGCCUGGAUUGAUAAUGUUCUGUGGAUCUGUGGAAGUAGUUUCACAUCGAAUUGACCUGCAUUUUAUUUGUAUAUAUGUUGCUUGUGGAAAUGCUAAUUGUCAUUUUGUUA